AUGGGAUUGGACAAGAUUGAGCGAGCUGCGCCUCCGAUCAGCAGGCAGUUCGUCAACUACCCCUUCCUGUUGACUCAGAUCGAUUCCGGGAGGCCGAGUUAUGUGUAUAGUGACGAUCCGAAAAGACACAUGACGUUCCGAGGAUACAUAUCUCCUGAAGAUCGCCAGGUGUCUGUCUCAGCUCAGUUCAGAGCUCUUGACUUCGGGAUGGAAGACUGCGAACUGUCAAUGGUGGUCCCAAUCACGAGAGAAGGCUCCAAUUUCACGCUAGCAAACGAUGAAUCCGCACAUACUAUCGAUAUCUGGCGGCUUUCCGCAAACACGGCAAUUGACGCGAAGAGGCUAUCGUAUUCCACGCGACCGCCGAGAUCCAGCAAGGUCGCAAGUGCCGAUGUCAUGAUGGGGACUUCGUUUAACCACCAUUUUCAUUGCCCACAGGACUCCGUGCAUUCCUUCGAGCUUGCAUGCGCACCCAAAUCCCCAUCCUGUCACGUUGAAUGGUGGCAGAACAUGGAGGGCGCCUUUUCAGGUGAGCCCCGCCGGUUCAACCCCAGGCACUAG